AUGUCAAGCCGAACGUUCCACUUGCUAGUGGAUGCGGUAGUCACAACAGGGAGUCUCGUUGGCGGAAGAGACGUAUGCGUGCAAGAGCAAGUUGCCAUGUUCCUCUACUUUGUUGGGCACCGCGCAUCGAGCCGCGCGAUACAAUGCCGCUUUCAACGAUCUGGUGAGACCGUCACUCGGCACCUGCAUGCUGUGAUGGCGUCCUUGGUCAAGCUGUGUCCAACUUACAUCCGCAUCCCACAACCUGGCGCGGCUGUUCAUCCGAGUAUUGCCAACAAUCUCAAGUUCUCCCCUUUUUUUCUGAAUUGCCGUAUGGCUAUCGAUGGGACCAAUAUUCCAAUUCGCGUGCCGGCGUGCGAUGCCUCCCGGUUCCAAAGUCGAAAAGGCGUGACAAUGAACAUCCUUGCGGCAUGCGAUUUCGAUUUGAAUUUCACGUUCGUCAUGGCCGGAUGGGAAGGAACAGCCGGUGACGGCAAAUUGUACGAUGCAGCUUUGCGUAUGGGACUGCACAUCGACGAUGCAAAGUUCGACAUAUUGGAUGCUGGAUUUGCUCUCACAACGAAGGCCCUCACACUGUAUCGUGCAAACCGCUAUCAUUUAAAGGAGUUUGCUCGUGGUCGCCAGCGUCCUCGAAGGAAGAGCUCUUCAAUUUACGGCACGCUCAGUUGA